AUGGUUAUUGUUGAUGAUUUGUCAUCUGAUUUGUCACCUUAUGGUUAUUUUCAUCCACAAGCUAGCGGUGCUGAUGCUCGUGAGAUCCCACUCUGUUUAACUUCUGCAAUGGUGGAGUUAGUUGAGAAGCUUACGGUGCUCGAGUUUUGUGAAGCGAAAAUCUCUGAGAAAAAAUUAGAGGUUGUAAGAGCCAUGGCUUGUUUGGUGUUUAUGAGCAAUCCAUUUAGUAAUUUCUUUUUUGGUAUGAUAAAAAAAUUUAAGAUCCAAUGA